GAACUAAACCUGUUUCAAUCUACUCUUUUACUGCUCUUGCUAUGGCUACUACUACUGUGACAUAACCAAACAAUGAAAGAAACGCUCUAUAUGCAACUCCAGCUGUAAUUAGCGGAUUCUGAGUAGCAAAAGAGAGAGUUAUGUUGUAGUGGUUGUCUUAUUGUCUAUUGCCUCUUUCCAAUCAUAGCUUCAGUGAUCUGAUCUGUAAGGCUAUAUUAGGAAAUCCUAAAGGCUUAGUUUACAACGUAUACCUAACUAUAGGUUCUACUUUCUAUCAAUUGUGUUAUUCAUCAUUUAAAGAACAUUCGUAGUUGAAUGAUUAGGCCAGGCUUUCCUAGGCUUCUUACUGUCGGUUUGGUUCAUAAUUGUGUUGAAAUAUCAUUACAAAAACAUUGCCUUUUUUUAUUCUGCGUUUGAAAGGUCAAGGGCAUGUUUAAAAGAUGUUUUUUAUUAAUAGUUUCGUUAGUCUGCUUCCUUAUAAGAUAACUUCAAGUAGAAUUAGAAGAAGAAUCCAAUGAAAGUUGGUGCACGAUCCAGCCAAGACACAUUUUAAUUAAUUUAUAAAUGUUUGUUACACGCAUUAGACUGUAUUAUUAUUGUUUCAGGGUACCCCCAUGCAGCAGUUGCGUUGUCUAUUUGGAUGGAAGUUAUCAAAUAAGUUAAAAUAUUGUCUGAAAGGGAAUAUUUUGAAAACCACGUUAAGUUUCAUUUCCAAGUUGUUUAAUAUUAUCGUGUUAGUGGACUACAGUUAAUAAAGCUAAAAACAAAAGCUUACAAGGCUAUGAGAUGCAUCGUUUGGAGGUGAGAGAAUACCUGCACAUCAGAUCGAGGCUCUCUGAUUCAUCAUCAGCAAUGGCUCGUUGGCUGCUUCAGAUCCUGGUUAUCUCUUCUCUUCAUCUGAUUUCUCUAUCAAGUCAACAAGAGUCAAGGUUUGUCUAUGAAAACUUUCUCAACCAAGAACAUCUUUAUCUAGAUAAAUCUGCAAAAGUACUUCCCAGUGGAUUAUUGCAGCUGACAAAAUCUUUAGAGCAUCAAAUCGGUCAUGCUUUCUACAAGAAACCAAUCGAGCUCAGUGCUUCUAGACCACUCUCUUUCUCAACACAUUUCGUGUGUGCUCUGGUGCCUAAGCCAGGUGUUGAAGGUGGUCAUGGUAUUGCCUUUGUAGUAUCUCCUUCUGUGGAUUUCUCACACGCAGAAUCAACUAGGUACUUGGGGGUUUUCAACGUAUCAACAAGUGAAUCUUCUUCUUUUCGCGUUCUUGCUGUUGAGCUUGACACUAUAUGGAACCCAGAUUUCAAAGAUAUCAACAACAAUCAUGUGGGGAUUGAUGUGAACAGUCCUCUAUCUGUCGGAAUAGCUUCGGCAUCUUACUAUUCAGACAUAAAAGGGAUUAACGAAAGCAUAAGCCUCUUGAGCGGAAACCCUAUACAGGUCUGGGUUGAUUAUGUAGGCAAUAUGCUCAAUGUCUCGAUUGCUCCUCUUGAAGUCCAGAAGCCAAGUCGGCCUCUUUUAUCACAGCCAAUCAACCUUUCAGAAAAUUUUCCAAAUAGUUCAAGAUUGUUUGUUGGGUUCUCUGCAGCAACAGGGACGGCGAUCAGUAAUCAAUAUAUUCUUUGGUGGAGUUUUAGCACAAGCAGAGGAACACUGCAGCGACUUGACAUCUCAAAACUUCCUGAAGUUCCUCAUCCUAGAGCUCCACAUAAGAAUUUCUCUCCGUGGAUCAUUAUCCUGGUCGUUUGUCUGGCUGCUGUGGUGUUGGCUGUUCUUGCAGGAAUUUAUUUCCGCAGGAGGAAGAAGUAUUCAGAAGUUUCUGAAACAUGGGAAAAGGAGUUUGAUGCACAUCGGUUCUCUUACAAGUCCUUGUUCAAGGCAACAAAAGGGUUCAGCAAGGAUGAAUUCCUCGGCAAAGGAGGUUUUGGUGAAGUCUAUAGAGGAAAUCUUCCUCAAGGCAGAGAAAUAGCAGUGAAGAGAGUGUCCCAUAAUGGUGAUGAAGGUGUGAAGCAAUUUGUGGCUGAAGUUGUGAGCAUGAGAUGUCUCAAACACAGGAAUCUUGUUCCACUUUUCGGGUAUUGCAGGAGAAAGCGUGAACUUCUUCUCGUCUCAGAGUACAUGCCCAACGGUAGUCUUGACGAGCAUUUGUUUGAUGAGACGAAACCGGUUCUUUCUUGGCCACAAAGACUUGUGGUUGUUAAGGGAAUAGCGUCUGCUCUGUGGUACCUACAUACAGGUGCUGACCAAGUUGUUCUGCACCGAGAUGUCAAAGCUUCCAACAUUAUGUUGGACGCUGAGUUUAAUGGUAGGUUAGGGGAUUUUGGCAUGGCCAGGUUUCAUGAACAUGGAGGCAAUGCAGCCACUACAGCAGCGGUGGGAACCGUAGGGUACAUGGCACCGGAGCUAAUCACAAUGGGAGCUUCCACCGGAACUGAUGUUUACGCCUUUGGUGUUUUCAUGCUUGAAGUAACAUGCGGAAGGAGACCUGUGGAACCACAGUUGCAAGUUGAGAAACGACAUAUGAUCAAAUGGGUUUGUGAGUGCUGGAAAAAGGAUUCUUUGCUAGAUGCAACCGACCCGAGAUUGGGAAAUGAAUACUUACCCGAGGAAGUCGAGAUGGUUAUGAAACUCGGUUUGCUCUGUUCAAAUAUCGUACCAGAAUCAAGGCCUACGAUGGAACAAGUGGUCCUAUACCUAAACAAGAACCUACCUUUGCCAGAUUUCUCACCAUAUACUCUGGGGAUUGGGACUUUUGCUCCGGUUCUAGUCGAUGCAGCCUCCCUCGUAGUCUCAUCCGCUUCGUGGAGUUGGUCAGCUCCAUCUAUGUCUUCUUCCUCGGCCAAUCACUCACCUUAUGCUUGUCAGUCAGGAGAUCAGCCAUGGGGACAGACAUUGGACACUAAGAACUCUCUUCACAUAGUUCCAGAACCAGAGAAGCCUAAGACUCUCUCAGCCGGUGUCAAAACGGUCACAUUGCCUGCAUAAGAUCUUAAAGUCAGAGGUAAUUCGUGAUGUACAUAGAUAUCAGCAAACAGAUCUUAGUAGCUCUCAAGAUUGUUUUAAUCUGUCUCACUUGUCCUAAACAUAAUCAGUUAAUCUCUUUGAAAAUGUUUGUCCCCUUAAUGAUUAUACACGUAUGUUUCCCCUCUUUGUUUCCCCUCUUGGUUAUUG